GUGGACAUGUGAGGCUGUCGGAGAGAUUUUACCGCUCUAUCGCUGGCUUAAAGAUUACCAGGUGCUGCCGAAUGCAACUUCCAACUCGCUAGCUGUCACCAAUGGAGCAGUAGAGGACAGCGGAGCAUACGCCUGCGUGGCUGUGAUAUCUCCCCAAACAAUGAGCUCAAACAUUGCUCGUCUGAUCGUGUAUGAUCCUCAACCAGUGUUUGAUUCUCUUAACUACACGGUAUCUGUAAAUGAAAACGGUCCUGCGUCUCAACCGACUCUGAACAUUUCAGUGAGGGCAGAGAGUAAACACAGCACCUAUGCAAAAGUCUUUCUCAGGAUUAUUUCAGGAAACACCAACAACUCCUUUGUACUGCGGCCAAACACCACAUCAGGUUAUUUUGGAAUCUACACUACUAUUCCAUUAGAUCGAGAACAUGUAUCUAUAUUUCAGCUAUAUCUUACGGCUAUUAAUGCAGAUGAACAUGCGCCACAAACUGUUACCGUUGUUAAUAUCGCUGUAAGUGAUCUCAACGACAACGCGCCUAUCUUCAGCCAGAAAGUAUACGAAGUUAGCAUUCUUGAGAAUGCCUCCAUUGGUCACGUGUUGUUGCAAUUGCAUGCCCGAGAUGACGAUGUCGGCGUUAAUGCACACGUGACCUAUACAAUACUGGCGGGGUCUGGAGCGAACGCAUUCAGCCUAAACAGGUCAUCGGGUGAAGUAACCCUCAUGAAACUACUGGAUCGUGAAACACAACCAAUGUACUCACUUUUUGUAUCAGCCCACGAUCCUGACUACACAGCGUUCACCGAAGUUCUCGUAACAGUGAUUGAUGUAAACGAGUACAAACCAGUUUUCCAACCACUGAGAUACCACGUGUCCAUUUCUGAAGGGACACUGAUAGGAACCUCAAUUCUUAAACUGACUGCUACUGAUAAGGACGCUGGAACUAACGGUCAGCUUGUCUACUCAAUUGUGACUGGAGAUCCUCAAGAAUUGUUCUUCGUUGAUGAUGACGGUACCUUAAAAGUUGGAAAAGAUUUAGACCAUGAAAUGAACUCUUCGCAUCAUCUGACAGUAGCUGUUCGCGAUAAAGGAGAAGUGCAACUAUUCGCGGAGGAACCAGCUCAUGUUUAUAUUUCCGUUCGAGAUAUGAAUGACAAUUCGCCAAUUUUCGAGGUCUCGUUCUACGAAGAAACUAUUUCAGAAUCCACGCUGCCCGGAACGGCUGUUUUGCGUGUACAUGCUAUAGAUGCUGAUCUUUCGAAAUCUAACAGUCAGAUAGCUUUCUCUGUGAUGAAAGAAGAUCGCGAUUUUGAAUUUGUAGUGAAUUCAACUACGGGUAUUAUCUAUGUACGAAAAUCCCUGGACUUUGAAAAGACGCAGGUUUACCGAUUUCAGUUGGCUGUGCGGGACGUCAGCAUCGCUGACUCACGCAUGGAUUUCACAACUGUUGUCAUUAAGGUUUCUGAUGAAAAUGACAACUUUCCAGUCUUCGAUCCUUCUCUUUACAACAUAUCUAUUUCUGAGGUAACAACUGUUGGAAGGGAGCUGCUCAGAGUUCAAGCUACGGAUGAAGACAGUACGUCGAAUGGAGUUCUAAACUAUUUUAUAACAGCAGCAACUGAAAAUUCCAUUUUCCUAAUAGACGAAUCCUCAGGAAUUCUUUACUUGGCAAGAAAACUUGAUUAUGAGAAUGUGUCACGUUACCGCUUGAUCAUCAGCGUUACCGAUCGAGGAGUACCCCCUCUCACAGCCAAACAGCAUGCUGUAGUCACCAUCGCCAUUUAUGACGAAAAUGACAAUGUACCGCGGUUUGAUUCCGAGACUUAUACUGUGGCAGUCUAUGAGAAUAUUACAUCUGGGACUCCUGUGUUGACAGUUCAUGCUAAUGACAUGGAUUCUUCUUUAAACCAUAGGAUAACUUAUACCAUAGCUACAGAUAGCGAUCCAGAGGCUAGGAACAGAUUUGAGGUGAACAGUACUACUGGAACAAUCUUAACAACAAGAGCAUUUGACCGAGAGGAACAAGAGGUGUAUGAGUUCACUGUGAUUGCAAGGGAUGGUGGGAAGGUGCCUCAUGAAGGUUUUGCCGAGGUGAUCGUGACUCUGAUUGAUGUCAAUGACAACAGUCCUGUGUUUGAGCCCACAGUGUAUCAGUCUCCAAUCCACAUUUCAGAGGAUUUGUCUAUAGCCUCCAAGCUCAUAACACUAACCGCUGCUGACCCAGACACUAGUCUCAGAGGAAAAGUAACGUAUUCGAUCAUCGAUAUCGCAGGGAAAAGUGUUUCAAAUGGCAAAGAGGCUUUCCACUGUAACAAAGAGUCGCAUGGGACAUUUAGAAUUAAUUUGUACACAGGAACCUUGAGUGUGGCAAGGAAGCUUGCUGCUCGGUGUGUCUAUAAUGUAACAGUGCGUGCAAUGGAUCACGGGAGUCCUCCAUUGUUUAGUAUCAUCUCGUUGCUCAUUGAGACUGGAAGUGGAAAUGCAACUGCUGUAGGAAUUCCAACAACCAUUGCGAUAGUGUCGAAAGAAGAUCACACAAAAAUAAUAAUCAUAAUCUGUGUAUUUGUUCUCAUCAUCGCCAUCAUUAUUACUCUUGUCAUAUGGAGAGAAGGAAGGCGCCACAUACGUAAGAGAAGGAUGAAGUUAGCACGUUCUGUUAGAAACUAUGAAGACAGCUGUUUCUCUGAUGAUAAUGAGAGACCGCGCUACAGAAGGUAUUCCAUGGAUCACAUGGCGACACAUCUUGACCACUGCUCGACCACAACUGAGAUGCCAAGCUCGCUCCAGACCCCACGCUCUUCUGAAAUGGACACAGACAUUCUAGAAACUUUUACAUUGCCAUAUGAUGGGAAAGAAGGCUAUACAAUACUAAACGGAGAUACUGAGAGUUUUUGUGUAAGUAUUGACUUUGGGAUGGAGUCCGAGGAGCCGUUUGUAUUUCCCGUCACUAUGGAACCAGUAAAUGACAUCGACAGAAGUGUGGCUAAGAGGAAAAAAUCGCGCGCGCGGAAAAAUUUCCGUUCCACUCGUUCUUCUACAGAAUCUAAACGAUCUCAGGUAUCCCUUCCCGCUAAAUUUGGAUCCCGUAAACACCCGAAAGCUAACGGUGUUCGUGAAGUUAUAUCAGAUACUCGGCUGUAAAUUUCAUGCUCGGGAACCUUAGUUGAUCUGAAACUGCUGACCA